UACCAAUCGAAAAUAGACAUCCGCGUGUUAGUCAUAUCAAAUGUUCAUCUUGAUCGACCUGUCAUUCAAAUACAAACUCGUCUUAGCGACAUUGCCAGUAAAGUGAUUGUCGAAGAGUAUUAUUUAAUUAUCGUAACGUGAAUAUGUUAUGAUUAUUCGGAAGGCUGGAGCAAUCAGAUCGUCUCGCUCAGGAACGGGUAAUGAGAAUUAAUAUAAUUGCUGUAAACGCGAGUGCGAGUCCACAUAAAAUUAGGAAGUGCAGAAGCUAUAGAAAUCUAGCGAAUCAGAUCUUAUUGGGGCCUUCGACAUCCUCAUCACCAAUCGACGAUAAAAUUAUUGAAGAAGAAGAGGAAUACAAUAUGGUUGAAGAUGAACUAGCAGAUGAGUUAAAUGCAUCCCUUUCUCAACAACUAAUUAGAAAUGAAAGUGGAAUAAAUAAUAGUGUUAAUGAAAAUAACAAUAAUAAUAAUCGUCCUAUUGGUUGGCAAGUUCAAGAUGACGAAGACACUAGUGACAAAGAGGAUGAUGAUGAAGUUGAAGAGGCUAAUUUAGAGUCAGAAACUAAUGACGAUCUGAAUGUGAAUAAUCUUUCUUCAAGUUUAUCUCAUGCAGAUCCUCCAGAAAUUAGAGUAACGACAGAUGACGACAGUCUCAUACAAAUGGCUCAAGAAUAUCGAGGAAACUUUGACGGGUUUGCUGAAAUUAAUCAUUUCAAUACAAUCGAGGAGAUGCAUGACUUUAUAAAGAAUACUUUGGAAAUUUCUCCAACUUCUACUAGUGAAACAGCUUCUCACAAGCAAGAACUUUAUCUUGACAUUUUAUUGAAUGAACCACCGGAGGAUCGUUUUAGACGAUUGUUUGAAACAAGUAGACAGACGGUACGUCAAGUUCUUAUAAGAAAUGAAGAUAUUCUUCAAGAAUUAUUUGCAUCAGCGAGUUUAGAUAACUUUCCAAGCCCUUUGGCAUCAGUAGAUGAUAAUGAAAUGAACGAAGAUGAUACUACACAUGAAAAUUCUAAGGAUAUUGAUGUUGAGGAAAAUAUGAAGAGAUGGUAUAUGAUUGAAAUGAUUGGGCUUUGGUUGAGAAUGAUAACUGAUGUAAAAACUUACAGAGCUGCUAUCAAGUUAGCUGUUCUGAUGAAGAUGUGGGGUAUUGAAAAUAAUAGAUAUGAAGGAAUCGCUGUUCCAUUGAAGUAUAAAUAAUCAAUUAAAACCAAUUGUCUUCAAUUCUGGCAACCUUGGUAACUAAUCAAAACUAAAUUAAAAAAAUCAUCUUGGCUAUUCUCAUUCUUAUUGCUGAGGUAGAUGAUAAAUUGAUAAAAAAUAUUGUUAAUAAACUUAUUACAUUGAAAAUAAAAAAAGUUAUACUGUU